AAGCACACUAGUGGUUCAUUCGACUCAUUCACACCUCUGUCACAGGCUGUCUGAAGCGUUCCAACAUUUCAAAGAAACGACACUCUCUGAGGCACAACUGGUUCAUUAUGCCUGCCAACUACGCUGGGACUUGGGACAUUGUUAGUAAUGAAAACUUUGAAGCUUACAUGGUUGCCCUCGGUAUCGACUUUGUCACUCGCAAGGCAGCAAGCAUGCUGAAGCCUCAGAAAAUUAUUGAACAAGAUGGUGACUCCUUUAUAGUCAAAACACUAACUUCUUUCAGAAACUAUACCUGCGAAUUCAAGAUUGGUGAGGAGUAUGAAGAGGUCACAAAAGGCUUGGACAACAGAAAAUGCCAGACAACCGUCAGCUGGGACAAUGAUAAACUGGUCUGUGUCCAGAAGGGGGAAAAGAAAAACAGAGGAUGGACUCACUGGUUUGAAGGAGAGGCUCUCUAUCUUGAAAUGCGAUGUGAGGGCAAGGUUUGCACGCAGAUCUACAAAAAGAGUGCCUGAAUUCUCAUAUGGUCUAAUAAUGAAAUGAUUGCAUUUUGUAUCCAAGCCUAAUACAUCUUCUACAACAUACACACCAUGGAGCAAAUGUAUCAUAUUUACUGUUUUAAGUUUUUUAAUACUUGAUUUUGAUGUAUUUUGAUUUUCAUCUAAACGAAUAAAGUUUCUGUUAGCAGUCCUUACUUUUACUGAUGACUGGCAUAAUACACUGUUAUGUAUAGUGUUUAAAUACAGUACAAAUAAAUACAGUAGGCUACAAUUAAA